UAAAAUUUAGUAACAUAGUUUUGUUCCAUUUCUUUGGAUUGUGAAGAAAGGAAUUUUAUUAGGUCAAAAAUUGAGAUGGAUUUGACGGCUGCUCAGACUCCGGGAGGUGCUUCCGGCGGAGCUAUGGAUUCCGGUGAUUGGCGGACUCAACUACCGUCAGGUUCUCGUGAAAGGAUUGUCAACAAGAUAACGAAGGAAUUGAAGAGGCAUAUUCCAUUCUCUGGGCAAGACGGAGAAUCGGAGCUUAUGAAAAUUGCAGUGAAGUUUGAGGAAAAGGUAUAUAAUGCUGCUACAAGUCAGGAAGAUUAUCUGAGGAAAAUAGCUAUCAAGAUGCUGACAAUGGAGAUCAAAUCAAAGGAUGAUGUCGUAGAGGAGGUGGUGGUUAAAAAGGAGCAAAACAGUGACGUUGUUGGACACAAAGAGAAUGUCAGAGUUGGGGAAAAUGAGGAAUCUUAGCUCCAAAGAAGCUAUUAGGAGGCCUUCAGUAUUUUUCAAUUAAAAUGAAGGAGAUUGGAUGGUGGAGCUCUUAUCAAACAGUGAGAGAGAUGAGAAGAGAACUAUUUUCAGUCGCUUUGAAUUUAUAAAUUUAUAUAUCUUGGCUUGUUGAUUUUGUCCUUGGAAGCUUUACUAUUCAUUUGUUUGUAUUUUAGGAUCAAAAUUGCCUUUAUGUUGCUUGAGAUAUGUUGAUCA